CAGUCACUUUCAUUUCCUCGACAUACAUCACAUCGGACAAGAGCUCAGCUCGAUCCCUUUUCUCAUUUUUUCUUUUCGUUAAUUUUUUUUUUCGUUAAUUGUCUUUCCUCACGCUUUCUAUGUUUCCUGUACGACGGGACAAUCUUGCACCAUGUCCCGUAUUUCCAGCAACCUUGUUUUAUUUAUGUUUGCCUUCGGAGCUGGCAUUUUGUUCUCUGUUUCUGAUGCUAUGUCGGUAAAGCUGGCGGAAGCUGUGGAUGCCGAGAUGCGGGCACAUUUGACGCGGAUGGACGUACUUGCGGAUAAUCUCCAUGUGACGCACUGGAGGGCGGUACGUGAGAUGAAAGAUAAUCAUGCUCGGAUGCGAUCCAGGAGAGCUGCCACCGUUCAACUUGACGAUCUUCGGCAUGGCUUUGUCCCCGGGUCCGGAGCAGGAAACCGAGAAUCUUUGGCGAUUAGAAACACGACGUUCAAGCCGUCUGUGUUUCUUUCAUCACUGUACGUGGAUGGACUCCCUACUACGGAAAGACCGCAAUGGGAUCAAUUUCACAUAAAAAAGAAACAGUUUUUGGUCACACGUUCCUAUAUCCCUGGAUUCCUGGUAAUUUGGGAAUUUAAUGCUACUCAAGCGGACCCCCUUUCUGAGGUUUUUAGGGUAUGGGAUGUACGUCUGGUUAAUGGAAGCCACGAAACAGAGGGAAGGGUUGAAAUCCAAUAUAACGGAGUCUGGGGAACUAUAUGUGAUGACUCAUGGGAUAUCUACGAUGCCAAUGUUGUCUGCCGCAUGCUGGGAUUCCAGGGAGCUUCUGAAGCUCCAGACUCGGCUGAAUUCGGAGAAGGCGCUGGUCCCAUUCAUCUAGAUGAGGUUGAUUGUGCAGGAGAUGAGCAGACUAUCUAUGGCUGUGCACACCCUGCUUUCGGUGAUCACGAUUGUUCUCAUUCUGAAGAUGCCGGAGUAGUUUGCAUUCCUUCAGCAAGUACAGGACAAGUGGGCAUACAAGCUACAGCAAUGAAAGCUUUCACUCAGACUUACUACAAUAACGGAUUGACAACAGGGGAAACAAAGAUUGCUGCCACAUCAGACAACAAAACCAUCAUCAUCGUUGCGAACGAGGAUAGCACGGCAUUUGAGAUUAAGAAUGUCACAGUAAGCCCAGGGAAUGUAACAGAUAUCGAUUUCUUCUCGAUCGGUGUGGACUCCUAUCUGGUCUUUACUCGAAAUACCGAUGACCCGGAAGGGGAUCAAUCCGUCAUUUAUCUCUGGAGCAACAUCAACAAGAUUUUCGGAGUGAGGCAGAUGAUCAGGACGUAUGGUGCUCAGCAGGUUCACGCGUUUGAGAUGACUGGAAUAUAUUACCUCCUGGUUGUAGAGAGAGAUGAAGAAUCAAGUAUCUGGAGAUAUAACACACGACAGAGUCAAUUCACACUAUUUCAAAGGUUAGCAGAUGGCGCUGCUCGUUUUGGUCUUUACGUCAGGGAAUCAUACGAGCGCUACAUACUGAUCAUUACUGCUCGGGGGAAUACAUCAAUCUUGUAUCAUUGGGACGGGUUUUACUUCGACGAGGUCCAGACCAUCUCCACCCCGAUGGCUUUGGCUUGGUCAAUAGUUCGAGAUCCAUCCACCUGUCAAGACAACCCGCUCCUAGCACUUUCAUCUAUGCUGCCAGGAUCACAAGCCCUGACAAUCUAUAACGUCACAGACUCACAGCUCGUAGGUGGCCCUUUUCCAGAUCCACUUGGUUUGCCCGACCGUGCAAUUCCAGAAGGGGUGGUUGAUCUCUUUCAGUUUACCGACUGGAAAGAGUCAAUGUACGCAGUAAUAACCUACAAGUUUCCCGAUAGGAAUAACAAGGAAACAAUAUUGCCCCUGAUCUUUAAGCUUGAGAAGACCGUCCGCCCUUUACCUAGUCCAUACGCCCAAGCAGUCGAAACGGCUUUACAAGAUGCUGCAACUGUCGUCCGGACUCAGAUAGAUAUAUACAGGGAGAAAGUAAUCGAUGGAGAGAAGGCUCUAAAUGACAAAGCCUUCUUGAAGGAUGGUAAUCUUGUCUUCGGUGGCAAUGUGACCUUCAAUGGAACCAUCACAUUCAAUGGCACCGUGGUUGUAGACAAGGUCAUAGCUGAUGAUGUCAUAGUGAACAACACUGUAGGUGGUGUGGAUCUUAGUGAAGUUUUUGAUAAAUUAGAGGACGAUGCUGAUGAAAACACAAGAGCUGUCCAGGCUCUAAGGCGAAAAUUUGAUGACCGUGUUACCUUGACUGGUGAACAGACAAUCACAGCUCAUAAAACUUUCCAGAGUUUAACGAUAGAGGGAAACUUGCAAGCCAACACCAUCACUGCUCCGACAAUAAACGGUGUUAACAUCCAGGCUCUUGAAGACUCUGUUGUCAGGAAUAAUGAAGAUGGACAGACAAUAGAUGGCGCCCUCACCUUUGAGAAUAGUGUGUCUGUGGAUGGCGAUCUCAGUAUGCAGAAUGGUGUCCUCGUCAACGGCUUUAAUAUGGCAGAGGCGGUCACUGAAACCGGGGCUCAGACUAUUUCUGGAGCAAAGACCUUCCAAGAAGACGUAACAAUAACAGGUAAUGCUGUUGUUCAGAACAGUGUUACCAUAGAUACGGUGGAUGUUUCUGAAGAGGUUGUUACUCUCGCCGGCACUCACACACUUGGUGAAAGCAUCACAUUCAAUGACGUCAUGACUGUAAACAAUAACAUUGUGACGUCAAGUACAGUCGAUGGAGUAGAUGUAUCUGAUAUGGAUGCUGAUACUGUGAGAGAGUCAGGAGACGUCACAAUCACAGGUCCUGUAACCUUUGAACAGAGUGUGACAGUUGAUGAUGACGUAACAAUAGGGGGAACAGCCAAUGAUAUCGAUCUUUCCGACUUUGAUGCUCGGGCAGUGAGACACGAUGUGGAUACAACAAUAACAGGCACAAAGACAUUCAGUGAUGACAUCACAAUUGAAGGGAAUCUUGAUCUUGCUCAAGAGAUAGAUGGUGUUGAACUAUUUACCGACGCUCUGUUAGCUAACUCAACCAAUUCAAGCAGCAUAAGAGAUAGUGUACUUGAAGGUCUGCUUUACCCUUAUGGAGCCGAGGCUGGGGAUUUGUCCAUUCGUAGAGUAGAUGACGCUGCUUUCGUAGAAGUUUUCAUGGAACAACCAUUGCAAUUCUUUGGUAGUAGAACAUAUAAUACAAUAUUUGUGAACGUGAAUGGCUUGCUCUCAUUCACCGGUCCAGUCAGUAACUUUAUUCCACGACCUUUCCCCAUACCAGGAGGAAGCUAUAUCGCUCCUUUCUGGGCAGAUAUAGACGUCACAGAAGGAGGUGAGAUCUACUACCGUCAGAUUGUGAACCCCUCUAUAGAUGACGUUGUCUGUGUAGAAACAAACCGCAUCAUUUGUAACGUAUUCAGAGUCCACUUCAAAGCUAAUUGGAUCUUUGUGGUCACGUGGGAUGCGGUGGCAUACUAUGGAUCCACCAGUAGUAUUACCAACACCUUCCAGACUGUGAUAGCUAGUGAUGGGAAACAUGCUUAUGUGAUCUUCAACUAUGGCGAUAUCAACUGGACGACAGGAACGAUGAGCGGUGGAUCAGCUGCAACAGGAUUAGGAGGGGCUUCUCCAGCAGUAGUUGGUAUAAAUGCUGGUGAAGGUGACCUUUGCUACACAAUUCCAAGCUCAUUCACUGCAGACAUUGUCAACAUUGAAGAGACGAGUAAUAUAGCUGUCCCAGGGAGAUACCUAUUUGAAGUAGGAGUUCAUAAUGUUGAUAACUUCUUGGGACAAGUUAUUACAGGCUCAAAGACUUUUACCGACGAGUUGAAAGUAGCUGGAUCUGUGACUGUAAAUGGAUUGAUCGAUGGAGUCAAUUUAGAUGACGUGGUUACGCUUUCACGUGGCUGUACCAUAGAGGCAGACAAGACCUUUGCUGAUGGCGUCAGGGUACAGGGUGACCUUCAUACAUCCGGUACUGUGGAUGGUGUCGAUGUGUCUCUUAUUGCUGUUCAAGUCAUGACGCUCAAUAGAAACCAACGAGUAGAAGGUGACGUGACAUUUGAGAGUGACGUCAAAGUGGAGAGAAAUGUCGUAGUUGAUGGGACGGUCAAUGGUGUCGAUAUACGCGAAAUGGAAGCAGAUGCUGUCUAUGCUGAUGAUGAUCAAGAAACCGUGAUUACAGCGCCAAAGACAUUCUCUGCCCCAUUCAGUGUAGGAACUGGAGGCAGCGUCACAUUUACAGGCACAGUCAACACACAUGAUCUGGAGACUGAUUUCAUGGACCUUACCUCUGCACAGUCUGUUACAGGUACAAAGACCUUUACAUCCGGGUUUACUGCAUCGUCUGAUAUGACUGUUGGUGGGACAGUAGAUGGGGUAACAAUGAAUACCCUCUGGGCUCAAGCAGCCCUGAUCACGGAGUCUGAAACCCUUGCAGGUACCAAGAGCUUUGCUGGAACGAUGUCUGUGACAGGGGAUCUCACCGUAGGGGGCGAUGUGAAUACUGUCGAUCUAUCCUCUGACGUCAUGAUGGUUAAUGUCGAUCAGGUUGUGACAGGAGCGAAAACAUUCGCUUGCUUUGUGGCGACUGGUAACCUGCAGGCCGUAGAUGGCGCCAUUACAGAUCUAAACGGAGAGGAUUGGACGGCUUUCGUUGACGGGAGAGCAACGCUCUCAACUGAUCAGACGAUCAGUGGUGAUGUGAUAUUUGCCGAUGAAGUAACAGUGAACGGAAACAUUGCUACCACCAGUCGAGUCAACGGAAUCGACCUUCCCACUCUGUCUCGAUCAAUACUGUAUAAGACGGGUUCACAGAUUAUAACUGGAGCAAAGACCUUUACAGGUUCUGUAGAAUUCGAUGGCGCUGCCUUGAUUACUGGGACACUAGAUGGAGUUAAUAUUCGAGAAAUGGUAGGCCGUGCUAUCGACCUCAACGACGGUACCCAAGUAAUCUCAGCUAAGAAGACUUUCACCAAUGCUCUUACUGUGUCCAAUGACAUCACGGUAUCCGGAGACGUAAAUGGUAUAAACCUUGCGGAUCUGAACAACGACAUCGUAUGGACGAAUGCUGGUUCACAAACUAUUACCGGAAAGAAGGUAUUCAACGAUGGCUUCCAUGCGUCUCAGAGCACUACUGUGAGCGGUACAGUCAAUGAUGUGGACAUCAGUGAAGACGUCCUCACCUUAACGCGUGCUCAAACGAUCACAGGAUCCUACACGUUUGAUGCGGAUGUGGACAUUGAUGGAACCUUGACAGUAAGUGGAGUCAUUAAUAACGUCGACAUCCAAGCACUCGAUGCAGAUGCCAUGAAGAUAGAUGAAGUUCAGACUGUGACAUCGUCCAUCGUAUUUGAAAAUGAUGUUUCAGUGACGGGUGACAUCACGGUGGAUUCAUUAGAGACUGUCGACACUGUUGACCUGUCCGAACUGCAGACCAUCGCAAAGUUCGUUGACGUGCCAUUUACCCUUCCCAACGCUGUGAUCUUCGAACUGCCUGUGACCUUUGACGACGCCCUUCGUGUCACGGGAACAGUGCAUGGCUAUAAUCUGCAAACCUGGGCGCCGACGGUUCUAACCGUUGACGGGACACAGACAGUAACUGGAGACCAUACGAUUGAAGGAACUUUGACGGCGAAUGAUAUAAGUGUUCCAGGGACUAUUCGAGCCGUUACUGCAUACGGGAUUAAUGUGGAUGGCUUUGUAGCGGAUGCUGUGAUGCUUCAGGGAGAUAGAACUAUCACUGGCUCUAAGACAUUCCUGGAUGACGUCACUGUAGAAGGCAGUAUUACAGUGGCUGGUACAGUAGACGGCGUGGAUAUAUCUGCAGAAAUCGUCACUUUAGAUGGUGCGCAAACUAUUUCUGGAGCUAAGACAUUUGAUACGUGUGAUUUACAAACAGCUGGAAACAUCCUAAUAUCAGGAACCGUCAACGACAUUGAAAUCUCUCAAGAAGAAGCCGACACACUGGACUUCCGCAGUCCCAAGAAGGUGGAAGGCCACAAGUCCUUCACUCGGGACGCCUCGGUAGCCGGCAACAUGCAGUUCAAUGGUUUGGUGGAUGGCAAGGACAUUACACGGGGUCUAACGCUAAAUACAGAACAGACCGUGACGGCGUAUUAUGUGUUUGAGCAGAAGACGAGUGUGACAGGUGACGUCACCGUAACAGGUCUGGUGAACACUGUCAAUCUGGCCAAUAUCAACACCAAGAGGAUCAAUCUGGCCGGAACCAACACGGUGGAUGCAAGUCUAACAUUCAACGACAUGGUCAUACUGGAAGACAACGUCACCACUGCUUACCUCUUUGAUGGGGUCGAUCUGUCGAAACUAGGUGCGCUAGAAGAUUCGCGGUCCGAUGAAUUUGAGAAUGAUCUGUACGAACUGGCAUGUUUUGCAGAAACACAGUGUGAACGCACCGAGUCUAUUGUUGGAGUAGUCAACAAUUUUAUCGAUGCGAUUGAUUACGUUGAGAAUGUUCAAAUCAUUGGCCAGCACGUGAGGCGAUUUGAGCCCUUCUCUGUGGACGGACACACGUUUAUGGCUGCUGCCAUCUACGCUGACGAACAUGGUGAUGUCUGUACUGACAGUAUUAUCUACCAAUUUAACACGACUACUGGGAAUUUCCAAGAAUUCCAACGUGUGCCGACCAAUGGCGCAGUAGCAUGGGAGCAUUUCCUCAUUGAUGGUGAUAUAUGCCUCGUGGUAGCUAACGCCGGGCAUACUGCUUGCGAAGAAUCAAGGCCUGUCAUAUUUGGCAACAACAUCUAUCGCUACGAGAAUGGGCGUUUUACAAUGACCAGCUCCACUGGAGACGAUAUGGAAGCUACUUCAGACGUUGCAACGUUCGUUAUUGAUGGAGAUAACUUCUUGGUGUUCACCACUUACGAGGGCGACCUUGCUAACGUCUACAAAUACAACGAAAUCUCUGGAAACUUCCAAGUCUUUCAGGAUAUUACCACAGGAGUCACGUCUUCCGUAGAAAGUAUUCACUUCGAUGAGAAGGUAUUCCUUAUCUUCACUUUAUAUCUGGAGGAGGAGUCGGCUGUGUACUGCUACAAUGCAACUGCGAAGGAAUUUCAAUUAUUCCAGAAGGUAGCAUCUGAGCAUGCGCGGGUGGUGACUAGUUUCAACUACCAGGGCACACAAGGAUUCGCACUGGCUGAUCACAUCAGUGUCAGCGACGUCGAUGCCUCUUUCGAAGUCCAAGUUAGGGUGUAUACGUGGAAUGCUGAAGAUGGUCGUUUUGAGAUGACAUGGACGCUAGCUGUGGUCGCGCCCGGGGAUGUAGACAUAUUUACCGAAGGGAAUUUUUUGUACAUGUGUGUGGUACAAGAAUAUCACUCGGUCGAUUUAUUCAGAUACGAAGGUUCAGCUGGAUUUGUGAAGUUCUACGAGAUCCCCCACCACGGUGUACGGUCUGUGGAGAUCCUCACCUUACAGGAAGAGGAGUACCGUACCGUCGAUGACAUCGACUAUGAACAGCUCUUAAUAGCCGUAGCCGUGGAUCCCUUUCCGAAGCAUGACAUCUUCUCACGUCUACUCAAAAUCGUCAACCUAGGUGGAUCGGUGCAUGUGGCGACAUGGGAGAACAUGUGUGACAGUGGGCUCAAAGACACUACACUAAUUGAUACACCGGAACCUACCUGCUAGAGCACAGGAUUGAUACACCAGAACCUACUUGCUAGAGCACAGGAUUGAUACACCAGAACCUACUUGCUAGAGCACAGUAUUGAUACACCAGAGACAUUAUACUAGCACCCGGCUGAUAUACACAAAGCCCGACAUGAUGGAGCACCCGAGUGAUACACAAGAGCGAACCUUCGAGAGCACCGGAUUUGUACACCAGAACCAAAUUGCCAAACCACCGCAUUGAUUUACCAUACCGACUAGAUAGAGGACAGGAUUGAUAUACACUAAGCCCAACAUGAUAUAGCACCCGAGAUAUACACCAGAACAAACCUGCUUAAAGCACCGGAUUGAUACAAUAUAGCGAUAUGAUAGAGCACUGGAUUGAUACACCUGAACUAACAUGAUGAAGCAUUGGAUUGAUACACUAGAAUCAACAUGCUGGAGCACUCAAUUGAUACACCAAACCCACCUGCUGUUGCACUCAAUUACACCAGAACAUGCUUGAUAGAUCACAUGGCACACCAUAUCAAGCCCUGUAUCUCAUGUUAUAUACACCAUAGUCAUAAUAAAAAACAGACCUAUCUCAGGAAAACUUUCCUAUUUUUCCACCCAGGGUAAAUGUUGUGAUUUUAACGUUUAUAAUUUACUCUCGGGUUUGUGAUACAGAAAAUAAUGGACAGUCAAACUUUGACUUAUUUAUGAGAGAUGUGGAUAUACGCAUAUCAGAUUCGAACUUUAUUUGAGAUUGUUAUUAAGGAUACAAAUAUGUUGUAUCCAGUUAUUUUAGUUUUUAUGUUAUUCUUUGGUAUUUAUUUUCAGUGGCUUCUCGUAUGCAGCACCAAGUCACUCUAAAACAAUAAAUUAAUGAAUAAAGACAAUGUGAUGUCAUACA